CGUCGUGGAGUUUUCUUCUUUCUUCAUCGUCACCCAUUUCCCUUCAGAUCGGCCCUUCAACGCCGAUCAUCCACGAGAUCAUGGACGGGCGAAUGUUCAGUCGCAUCCUCUUUCUUCUCUUUGCGGUUCAUUUACUCUUGCCGGCCAUCUCCGCUGCCAAAUUUGACUAUUGCGACAAGAGAGGUAAUUAUCCUGUGAAGGUCGAUGGACUUAAAGUAUCUCCUUAUCCAGUGAAGGGUGGGAAGCCUGCCACGUUUGCCGUUUCAGCCUCUACUGAGAAGAAUCUCUCCGGUGGAAAGUUCGAGGUCGAGGUUUCUUUAUUUGGCGUGCAUAUACAUUCCGAAAGUCAUGAUCUUUGUGAAGAAACUUCUUGUCCUAUUAAACCUGGAAAAUUCUCGUUAUCCCACUCGCAAAGCUUACCUCCAUUUACGCCACCAGGUAUGUAUUCUGUGAAAAUAAUAUUGAAAGAUACGGAUAAGGAGCAGUUGACUUGCAUCAGCUUCAAGCUCAAAAUUGUUUUUGGUGACGAGAAAUCAGCAAUACCUGAAGAAUCCUUGGUUGCUGAGAGUUGAAAAUGGCCAGUUGAAGUUGGAAGUUAACUUUCCUGCGACUUUCUCCUCUGUUUUUCAGCUUCAGUAUGUGUAAUAUUUCAACUACUGCUACUACAAGGAUUUGACCCGACUCGUGUUGUUGUUUGUGUGUUUAUAAAAUCUUCUGGACAAAUAUGCUAGCCUUCUUCGACA